GUUAGUUUCACUUCUAAUUUCCCCAUUUGGGAGGAGCUCUCCCCGGGAGAUUGUACACACUUCCUGCUCAGGACUGGGCAGCCACACUAGAUGCAGGCUGGGAACACAGGAGGGCUACAAGCCCAGAAAGGGCCCAGGGCAAGAUGAUGGCCAGUGGGGGCACUGAACUCAGCACCAGGGUGUCUGCAGAAGACGAGAACAUAGAAAACAAGCAUAUCAAUGACAUUGCACUCACAUACUUCAAAAAAUAUAAGGUGGAAAUUUCAGGCGCAAUAACAACAACAUUUCCUUUCCUUGAACUUAUCCGGGACCGUGGAUUCAUCACCAAUGAAAUGUAUGAAAAAUCUCAAGAAUCUUUUAAAAAACGGUUUUCUGUACAUGAAGUCAUAUACGAUAUUCUCAGUGAACUGGAGAAGAAAUUUGACAUGUCUGUUCUGCGAGCACUGUUCAGCAAGAUCAUCGUGAAGAAAUACCCUGAUUUAUAUCGCAUUUAUAAAAUAUUCUACAAAGUGAUACCAGAAAUAAAGUCCUUCCUAGAAAGUGAUGGAAAAGAAAAUGAGGAGAGGCUUAAUGACCAACUAAGCCUGGAACAAGGAACUGGUGGUAAUUCAUAUCAAAGACCGAUAUGGAUAGGCCCAGAUGCCACAAAUUACAAUGGUACAGCCCUACCUGAACAUGGACUCUCAGAGCACUGCUGUGAAACACAAGAGAUAAAUGUGAAUGAAACAGGUACAACCACUGACAACAAUAAUGCACUAGAAAACCAACAAGGAAAUGAAAAAUGUGCCCAAGAGUCUGAGCAGGAAGGAGCAGAGCUACUCCACCAUGGAAACAAAACCAGUUCCUUCUCUGUAGACCUGGUGGAUAUAAAGAAGAAAAUGCCAUUUUUAUAUUCAGGUGUUGAAUGUGAAGCCCAAGCGAGGACUGGCUGUAACCAGGCUUCUGAUGUAAUAGAGAUCAACAGUGAGGACUCCAGAGAAUCCAGUGAUGGAGGUGAGCCCCCUGAAACUUCCACCUCAGCAUUGAAAAGGAAGCCAGGUACUGUGGAUUUUGGAAACAACUCCAUUUCAGAAAAAGCCAAGAAGAGAAGAAUGAGAAGCAGAGGCAGAGAUAGAAUCCAGUCUCUGAAUAACAGAGUCCCAAGGAAAAGAAGCAAACCAAAAGGGACAAAAGCAGUCAACACCAGGCCUUUGAAAAGAAGCAGAAAAAGAGGUCCAAGAAUUCCCAGAGAUAAACAUAUGAACUUCAAACACUCUAUACUUACCGUGACCUGUGGUCCAGCAAAGGGGGAAUUAUAUAAAGAGAAAAUGAAACAAGGAAUCUCAGCAAAGUGUAUAAAGACAAAGAAUGGGAAGCAGCUCACCCUCAAGGAAUUUGAAAUUGAAGGAAACCACGAAAGGUCCAAGAAUUGGAGGCUGAGUGUGCGCUGUGAUGGAUAUCCCCUGAAAUACCUGAUUAAGAAAGGAUUUCUACCAGACCCACCGAGAACAAGAAAGAUAGUACCAGAUUCUCACAGUGAUAACAUUAUUGACCCAUAUCCAGAAAACUCAAAUAUAUGUGAGAUGUGCCAUAAAGGAGGAACGCUAUUUUGCUGUGAUACUUGUCCAAGAUCCUUUCAUGACUCAUGCCACAUCCGUCAUAUUGAUCCUGACAGGCUAGUGACACUUGAUCUCCUCUUGCCCUUCCUUCUUGUGGUAGAGCUCUUCCCACCAUGCACACUCAGCCUGCAAAGUUUAUCUGGUUGUAUGUGUCUUGAUGCAGAGGGAGCAGGGUCCUUAAGUAUCAGGAUCCAGAAUUAUGAUCCAGAGCUAUUUAACUGUACUGGCAGCAGUAGAUUCAUGGGAAGUGAAAAUUCCUCAAGUGGUUUUUAGGGGGAAUAGAAAGAGGUGUCACCACCACCUCCUCUGCUUUGUUCCCUAACCCAUACACUUUGAUGGGAUGGUGACACCGUGCAUUAGCUGCUAGUUGGAAGCAUAUACCACCUGCCUUGGGAACAUCUCAAAGCUGGCAAAGCUGGGGCUGUGAUGAGUCCUCUGAAGGCCAUCCCCACAGUCCACCAAAUCAGCUGACACUGGGUGACAGGGUCCAUAAUAAGACUCAUGAGUUCGAGGGUAAGUCCACUGCUACAUUUCCUCUGCUGUAAAAUGUAUCCUUGGUCAGAGGUGAUGGUAUGCAGGCUAACAUCGAGAUUGGUAAGGCAUCUAUAAAUGGUGGUGUGGGCAGAGGAUGUCUACCAGGAAUGUGUGUAUCCCCAUGAGGACAAAGCAUUGCCCUCCAUAAUGGGAGGAAUCUAACAUAACCCAGCUGCUCUCAGGUAGCUCUCAGGCAGUGGUGCCACCUCAGGGAUUUGGCAUAAACCUCUCU